UACUGCGCAGACUCAGUGCUGCAAGGUGUUCUGGGUAUUUAGCUAACUCCUUUUCCUUCCAGUCCGCGUGUAGGUUGCAGAAUUUAUUCCCUGCCUUUUAUAGCUAUACUUGUUAAAUACACUGCUUCGUCAGAACUAUGUCUUUCAGUUUCAACUUCGACGUGCAGUUGACGACAAAGGGGCAACAAGGUGCAGAAAGUCAAUCACAAACUGGAAAGCAGGAUUAUGCAGUCAAACCUGUGCCCGGCAACAACAACACCACCACUCCAGCAGAAACUGUCAAAGCAGCUGUUGAACACCAUCCCCCUGCAGAUCCCCACUUUCUCCUCAACGAUGCUGUCUCUGAGACUGUUACCAUAGGAACGCUUCCACCCCUCCACUUCCUGAAUGAGUCUGUGUUCGAGCGGACGGCCAGCGAGCGAGAUGACGACGAGAGGAUCCUGUCGCGGACCGCCGCCCAGAGCUCGGACCUCAUCUCCGGGGUGUACGAGGGAGGGUUGAAGGUGUGGGAGUGUACCUAUGACCUCCUGGAGCUGCUAGAGAGGGAGGGGGAGACGUUCGGGGGGAAGAUGGUUCUGGAUUUGGGCUGUGGUGCUGGACUGCUGGGCCUACUGGCGCUAAAGAGCGGAGCAAGUCAGGUCCAUUUCCAGGACUAUAAUAGUACUGUUAUAGAACAGCUCACACUGCCUAACGCACUGCUCAACUGUCAGGUGGAAGGGGAGGAGGAAGAAGUGAAGGGAAAGAAACGGGGGCUGCAGGAGGAGGAUGAUGAGACAAUUAUAGAAGAGGACAAAAUGAAAAAGGAUGAAGAGGCAACGUCCGAUGAGGAGAAGAAGAAUGAACAGAAAAAAGAGGGAGAGGAUGGCAGCCCGUUGCCCAAGAGGCAAGCCCUGGACCUAUCCCAGCAUUCGAAGCUGACCUGCUGUCGUUUCUUCUCGGGCGACUGGACAACGUUCCUAGCGCUGGUCCUCAAGGAAGACCUGUUCCCUAAAUAUGACAUCAUCUUCACCUCAGAGACCAUCUACAACACGGCGUACUACUCAGCUCUUCACGACACCCUCCACAGACUGUUGGCCCCGAGGGGAGUGGUCUACCUGGCCACCAAGGCCCACUACUUUGGGGUGGGGGGUGGACUGCUCCUAUUUGAACAGUUUAUAGAGGACAAGGGAGUGUUUGAUAUGGAGAAACUGUGGGACGUGGACCAGGGGCUACAGAGACAUGUUGUGGCCAUGCACUUCAAAACAACAAACAAGUCUUGACUUUUUACUUUGUGUAGUUUCACAGAACUAAAAAGGAUAAUAUUUUUCAAAUUAAUUUCUACUCAAUGCACCUGGAACGUCUAUGCUACCUAAGGUGUGCUAACAUCAGUCAGUUUCAAAAACUUUUUCCUAUAAAGAUCACCUGUGUGUCAAUUGGGACAAAGAAACAGGACUUUCACAUAAUUUAAAUGACCGCAUGUUUGAUUGUUUGACAGAUAAUGAAAAGAAUAUUUAAGACUUUCUGUAGGUCUGUCAGUCAUGGCUUAUUUUACCUUGGUGGUAAAACCUUGUAUGUCAAAUACUGGAGAUGAGCUUCACAAAGGCAGAUUAAGGAGGAGUUUGAAUAUUCGCCAGUUGAAGAGGACAACAGGAUAGCUUCACUGAUGGAGGGAAAAGAAGCAGAAGUCUGAUAAAGAAGAUUGAGGAGAUGAGCAGAUAUUCCAUUGUUUCCAUUGUAGUGUGCAAACUAGGCCAAUAUCAAGCGUACCUCAAGUAUUUCAAGGUAUUUUGGCAAGUGUAUUUGGUGCAGGUCGGUUUUUAACAGGACAUAAGUGGUAGUUGAAGUAGGCGCAAUAUACUACCCGAACGAAGAUACCGUUUCAUGUCAACUUUACCCUUUGUUCACAUCUCUCUAACUUUCUAUAUUUAUUUAGAAUAGGGCUAGUGCAUGAGAAAGGUGGAAAGGAAAUGAAGGUCUUUAUAGGGGGUUGAUUCCCAAAGUGUUCAAAUAGCACCAUGAAAGCUAUACUUGUUUCUGAAGUCCGCUGCAAAAUGUCAAUUGCGACUUAUCUCAUCUGCGUAAGGACGAGGCCUGAAAGUGGAGCCCAGUGUAGUGUAGCACAUCUAUUCUGCAGUAGGGCUUUGUGGUUUCUGUUCACCUUUUCACAUUUUGUUGCCCAUCAGUAUUAUUUUGUAUACACUUUAAAGACUUGGCAAUGUCAUGUUACAAUCUAAUGUUAUCAAAGAUAGACGCAUAUCAAAAUGUCUUAUGUGGCAUGUCGAGUGCCCUGUUUCAUCCAAUAAGAUUAAGAUGACUUUAUUGGUCAAUUCCAGCUGAAAUUUGACUUCCCCUGUUUCCACCAACCCCAGAAAGAUACACAUACAGUGCCUUCAGAAAGUAUUCAUACCACUUUACUUAUUCCUAUUUUUGUUGUUACAGCCUGAAUUCAAAAUUGAUUAAAUAUAUUUUUCACACAUUUACACACUAUCCCAUAAUGACAAAGUGAAAACAUGCUUUUAGAAAUGUAUUGAAAAAAUUAAUUGAAUCCAUAAACUUUAGAAGCACCUAUUUUCUAGGUAAGUGUCUUAAGAGCAUUCCACACCUGGAUUGUGCAACAUUUGCCCAUUUUAUUAUUUUCAUAAUUCUUAAACUUCUGUCAAAUGAGUUGUUGAUCAUUGCUAUACAACUGUUUUCAGGUCUUGCCAUUAGUGUUGCAAAGGGUCAGAAACUUUCUGGGAAAUUUUCCAUGGGAUGUUAAGCCCAUGAAUUUUGGGAAUUUGAUUCUCAAGAUCUUGCACACUAAUGAGAUGCUAUUGAGCCCACACUACUACACUGAGGCAAUGACUACAUGCCUUCUGGUAAGUUUUGAUUACAAUACUGGGUGAGGUGAAUAGCUUUUAUGACACGUCAUUUUUUGUUAACUAGUAAAUAGUAGCCUACAGCAAAGUGUUUAAAUCAUUUCUAACUUGUUAACAGUUUCUGCUUGUUAGUUUUUGCUACCAUGUCGGUUUUAGCUUGCUUGAGCCUGCUAACUGAGGAGUGUUAAUUCACCUGUUUCAUAAAAAUAAAUCUUACAAAGGA